AUGGCUACUACUUUAAGCAAAGAUGAGAUGCUCGAUCAAGUUCAAACAAGUCUCAACCAUGGCCCAUACGCCUGUGCAUCCCUUACCAAGCUCUCCGGCGGAACAGCCAACUUUGUAUACCGCGGUACACUGAUCAAGCCUCUCCAAGACGGCACCAAGAGCAUAGUAAUCAAGCAUACAGAACCCUAUGUGGCUUCGCAUCCUAAUUUCAAACUAGCUUCCACCCGCUGCGAUUUCGAGCAGACUAUCCUCUCGGGGUUGGAAACACUCAGCCCCAUCUCCUAUUCCGGUAUAACAGUACAGACCCCUAGGCUAUAUACCUUCUUCCAAGAAACCCACACCCAAAUACACACAGACCUGCCCGCUUCCACCGAGCUCAAGACCUACGCCUUAACGCACAAUCUUACCAAAGCACAGUGUUCACGCCUAGGCCCCGCUCUCGGGCUCUGGGCCAAGACCUUUCAUCUAUGGGGCGCAGCUGAAGGACAACUCGGCUUGAGAGAAGCUAUAAAGGGUAACGUGGCGAUGAAAGAGCUGAAAUACGCAAUUAACUAUCCGCGGUUGGUAACUACGAUUGAAGCCUUUCCUCAUAUCUUGCAGGCCAGCAAAGAAGUGUUUGAAGCCAUCGCAAAGGAUGUUAGGAUCCGUUUGGAUCGGGAAGAGGGGAGCUUAAUCCACGGAGACUUCUGGAGCGGAAACGUGCUGCUGAAGAAUGCACCGUUUCCUGACCCAGAAGAACCUUUGAAGCUGUUCAUCAUCGACUGGGAGCUUUCUCAUCUCAGUGAUCACGCUUUUGAUCUUGGUCAAAUGUUCGCUGAGCUCUUUGAAUUGAAACAUUUCAAGGGUCUCGAUGCUGGUGUCUGGCUCAUCGAGGCAUUUAUGAAGGGGUAUGGGAAAUUGGAGGAGCAGGUAGCGUUCAGGACUGCCAUUCAUGUUGGUGCGCACCUGAUUUGUUGGGGCUCCAGGGUUCAGGGAUGGGGAACACAGGAGCAGAUUGAGAAAGUGGUAGAGGUGGGCCGAGACUUUGUUGUCAAGGGCUGGGAGAAAGAUCGUGGUUAUUUUGAGGAGACCCUUUUGAGACCUUUGUUUGUGUAA